GCACCCGUUCCACGGGCGGAGCGUGUUUCCGGGGCGGAGCGCGUCCGCCGGAAGUGCGUGGCCGCCCGCGGCCAUGGCGGCAUUCGGGGUUGUCGCCUUGUUGCUGGGGGCAGUGUCCUGGCCGCCGGCUUCGGCCUCGGGUGAGGAGUUCUGGCCCGGACAGUCGGCGGCCGACAUCCUGUCGGGGGCGGCGUCCCGCAGACGGUAUCUUCUGUAUGACGUCAACCCCCCGGAAGGCUUCAACCUGCGCAGGGAUGUCUAUAUUCGAAUUGCCUCUCUCCUGAAGACUCUGCUGAAGACGGAGGAGUGGGUGCUCGUCCUGCCCCCGUGGGGCCGCCUCUAUCACUGGCAGAGUCCUGACAUCCACCAGGUCCGGAUUCCCUGGUCUGAGUUUUUUGAUCUUCCGAGUCUCAAUAAAAACAUCCCCGUCAUUGAGUAUGAGCAGUUUAUCGCAGAGUCUGGUGGGCCGUUCAUUGACCAGGUUUACGUCCUACAAAGUUAUGCAGAGGGGUGGAAAGAAGGGACCUGGGAAGAGAAGGUGGACGAGCGGCCGUGCAUCGAUCAGCUACUGUACUCACAGGACAAGCAUGAGUACUACAGAGGAUGGUUUUGGGGUUAUGAGGAGACCAGGGGGCUAAACGUGUCCUGUCUGUCCGUCCAGGGCUCGGCCUCCGUCGUGGCACCCCUGCUUCUGAGAAACACGUCCGCCCGGUCCGUGAUGUUAGACCGUGCCGAAAACCUGCUUCACGACCACUAUGGCGGAAAGGAAUACUGGGAUACGCGUCGCAGCAUGGUGUUCGCCAGGCACCUGCGGGAGGUGGGCGACCAGUUCAGGAGUAGGCAUCUCAACUCCACAGAUGCCACGGACAGGAUCCCCUUCCAGGAGGACUGGACGAAGAUGAAGGUCACGCUGGGCUCGGCGCUAGGGGGACCCUACCUGGGAGUCCACCUGAGAAGAAAAGAUUUUAUCUGGGGUCACAGAGAAGAUGUGCCCAGUCUAGAAGGGGCCGUGAGGAAGAUCCGCAGCCUCAUGAAGACUCAGCAGCUGGACAAGGUGUUUGUGGCCACAGAUGCCGUCAGGAGGGAAUACGAAGAGCUAAAAAAGCUGUUACCCGAGAUGGUGAGGUUUGAACCCACGUGGGAGGAGCUGGAGCUCUACAAGGACGGAGGUGUCGCGAUCAUUGAUCAGUGGAUCUGCUCACAUGCCAGGUUUUUUAUCGGCACCUCAGUCUCAACAUUUUCUUUCCGGAUUCACGAGGAAAGAGAAAUCCUGGGGUUGGACCCCAGGACGACGUACAACAGAUUCUGCGGAGACCAAGAGAAGGCGUGUGAGCAGCCCACCCACUGGAAGAUCACCUACUGAGACGGCGCCCCUCCUGGCCGGCCGACGCUGGUGGAUGUUCUGCCAUCGCAGAGUCAGCCUCUACUGCCCAGCCAGGAGCUGGGUGGACACGACUGUCCCUCGCAGGGCCCCAGGCCCAGCAGAGGCCCCACCCUUGGGGUAUGACGCAUCUAGAGUCGCGUUCUGUCCCCAGCGUUCCUGGCCGCCGUCAGCUUGGGAAGAGGCUCCGCUGCCCUCAGGGCGGUGGUUGUGUUUGCAGGCGGUGUCUGAACCCACAGCCCAGUUGUGUGGUGGUCCAGAAGCAGGGAGUGUCAGGCUCCAGCUCGGGGCCUUUCUAGUCUUCAUAUUUUAAGGGAGUUGAGGAGAGAUGCUGGCAGGUGAGCUGCCUCCAUUGGGUGCACAUGGGGCUGACAUAUUCUUGGGAGCCGGUGCAAGGAGCAGCGUCAUUUUAAAUUCUUUGGGAGCGGCCAGGGGCCUUAGGAAGCCCCCGUGCCUUCUGUGCAGCAGGAGGCUGCCUGCGAGUGCGUUUUCUCCUGGGAUGGGUGAAAGGCAGACCUGGUGCUGCACAGGGAGGGGCCUGAGGCCUCAAGGAGCCCCGUGGAGUGAUGACAGUUCAGGCCCCACCGUCUGCACGUCAGCGUGGGAUUUCUUCAGUGAUGCCUUGGGGCAGACACUCAGUGGACUGUCUGUAGGAAAUUAUAGCUCCGCCCUACUCACCCAGCCACCCACCCUCACCCUGGCUGGCAGGUGCACGUGGGGCCUCUGGACUCUUGAGAAUUAGAGAUGAGAAAGGAUGGUCACACUGACUCCAGAAGGCCGUCUAGGAUGAGCCCUUAUCGGGGAACUCCUUGUACCCAUUUUACAGAAAUCACUUCUAGGUCUUCAUGCUACAACCACAAGGGGCACUUGCAAAGAGGGCAGCACUGGACACAGAAAGGAGGGAGGAGCAGCAGUGCCUCGGGAGUCCUCAGGGUCAGGGGGCCCCCCUCACCCCCUUGGCCCAUUGCCCUUUGUAACCUUCCCACCAUGGUGUUGUGUGACCCUCCAUCAGGCUGGUGGGGGCUGAGGAACAGCGACAGACGUGUGUGACAGGGAGGACAGUGAGGAGGGACAGACGGCUCUGGCUAGUCUAGGACAUCACCUUGCUGUGUCUGCUUCUCAAGCUUUUAACGUUGACCCUGAACUUGUGGCAGGGUUCUGUGGUGACGUAUUUAUUGUUUUUCCAUUUGUUCUAGAAACAGUGCCUUUUUCAUCAGUUGAAUUUUCUUCAGGCUGAGAGCUGUAUAAAACAUUUUGGACUGUGACCAUGUACCUUCCUUUUUAAGAAAAAUAAACUGCUUUAUCAUA